GGAAGAUGGAAGAGAUCCUCAGGAAGCUGCAGAAGGAGGCGUCGGGUAACAAGUACAAAGCCAUCAAGGAGAGCUGCACCUGGGCCAGCGAAACUUUAGAAUCUUCAGAGGCUGCUACCAAGAUCCCUCCAUAUCAGCUCAGGGAGAAGUGUCUGCUUCCGCUCCAGCUUGCUUUGGAGAGCAAGAACGUGAAGCUGGCCCAGCAUGCUCUAGCAGGGAUGCAGAAACUGCUGUCUGAUGAGAGGUUUGUAACCAUGGCAGCAGACUCUGAUGACAAGCAGUUGCUUAAUCAGAUGCUGAAUGCAGUCAGAGUAACUCCCUCCCUCAACGAAGACCUGCAGGUAGAAGUGAUGAAGGUUCUGCUCUGUAUAACAUACACUCCUACAUUUGAGCUGAAUGGGAGUUCAGUGCUGAAGAUUGCUGAGGUUUGCAUUGAGACUUAUGUCUCCAGCUAUCAUCAGAGGAGUAUUAAUACAGCUGUCCGGGCAACCCUUAGCCAGAUGCUGAGUGACUUGACUUUACAGUUACGACAAAAACAAGAUGAAACAAUAACUGAAGGCCAAGCAAUUCUGCAAGGGUUCAAGAGCACAGAUUCUACAGUGGAGUCCCUUUGUGAUGAUGUUGUCUCUGUCUUCACGGUCCUUUGUGAAAAACUUCAGACAGUCAUCAGUGAGAAUCAGCAGUUGCAGCUUCUGUACCUGGAAUGCAUCCUCUCAAUGCUCAAUAGUUCCUCCCCUAGUAUGCACCACCACAAAGGAUUCACUGACCUCAUCUGGAAGCAACUGUGUCCAACGCUCAUAGUAAUUCUGGGAAAUCCAGUCCAUGAUAAAACCAUCACUUCUGCUCACAGCAGCAACUGUCUGGAGACUGAUUCUCCUUCCUCAGGAGUCUCUGAUCAUGGUCGAGGGUCUGGCUGUUCUUCAACUGCACCUGCCCUCAGUAGUCCUGUUGCCCGCACAAUCUAUUACAUUGCCGCGGAAUUAGUCCGGUUGGUGGGCUCAGUGGAAUCCAUGAAGCCAGUCCUGCAGUCUCUCUACCAUCGUAUGCUUCUAUAUCCCCCACCUCAGCACCGAGUUGAAGCUAUAAAGAUCAUGAAAGAGAUACUUGGUAGUCCUCAACGGCUCUGUGAUUUGGCUGGCCCCUGCUGCUUCUCUGAACCAGAAUCCAGAAAGAGAUCGGUUUCGAAAAGAAAGUCCCAUCUGGAUCUUCUCAAACUUAUCCUGGAUGGGAUGACUGAAGCGUGCAUCAAAGGUGGCAUUGAAGCUUGUUAUGCCUCGGUGUCUUGUGUCUGUGCCCUGCUUGGAACUUUAGAUGAGUUAAGUCAAGGGAAAGGCCUGGAUGAAGAGCAGAUUCAUCUACUUCUCCGACGCUUGGAAGAGUUAAAGGACGGGGCUGAAACAAGCAGAGAUUCCAUGGAGAUCAAUGAUGCUGAUUUUAGGUGGCAAAGACGUAUCCUGUCAUUGGAACAUGCGCCCUGGGAUGCAGGAAAUGAAAAGAGUCCUGACAUUAGCAUUAGUGUUACCACAGAUACCGGUCAAACUACUUUGGAGGGUGAUUUGGGCCAGACUACUCCAGAAGAUAAUUCUGAAAUUCGUAAAAAUUCAUUGCAGUCACCAGGUGGACAAGUGGGUAAAGCGAUUCAUUAUAAAGAGCCAGAAUCUGAAACAGUCGACCAGCCAGAUGUUGUUCAACGUAGCCAUGUGGUUGUUUAUCCAGAUAUAACUAAUUUUCUUUCAGUUGAUUGCAGAGCACGUUCCUGUGGAUCCAGGUACAGUGAGAGUAAUUUCAGUGUUGAUGACCAGGAUCUUUCUAGGACUGAAUUUGACUCCUGUGACCAAUAUUCCAUGGCAGCAGAGAAGGAUUCUGGGAGGUCAGAUGUCUCAGACAUAGGCUCAGACAACUGUUCAUUGGCUGAUGAAGAGCAGACCCCAAGAGACUGUCCAGGUCACAAAUCUUUACGAACUGCUGCCCUUUCUUUGAAACUGCUGAAGAACCAGGAAGCAGAUCAGCAUAGUGCCAGGUUAUUCAUCCAGUCCCUUGAAAUUCUUCUUCCUCGACUUAUAGCUCUUCCUAAUGUUGAAGAGGUGGAUUUGGCCCUUCAGAACUUUUCUUCAACUUUUUGUUCAGGUAUGAUGUGCUCUCCAGGAUUUGAAGGGAAUACUGGCUUCAGCUUCCAGACACUAAUGAAUGCAGACAGUCUUUACAUGGUUUCUCACUACACUCUUCUGCUCAACCUGAAGCUGUCCAAUGCAGACUACUACCGAAAGAAACCUGCACAGUGCCCUGUGUUAAUAAAGGAGUUUAUGAAGCAAGUCCAGUCCAGUGGAGUCUUGAUGGUAUUUUCUCAGGCUUGGGUUGAAGAACUUUACCAUCAGAUAUUGGAGAGAAAUCUUCUUGGAGAGGCUGGAUAUUGGGGAAGUCCAGAAGAACACAGUCUUCCACUCAUUACCAUGCUAACUGACAUUGAUGGCUUGGGAAGUAGUACGAUUGGUGGACAGCUGAUGGCUUCUGCAUCUACCCAGUCUCCUCUCAUCCAGGCCUGGAAGCCAGAUGAUGCAGUUGUGGCAGGUGUUGCUUUUGCCCGAUAUCUGCUAACUGGUUGUUGGAAAAAUUUGAUCGAUACCUUAUCGACCCCGUUGACUGGUCGUAUGGCAGGGAGCUCCAAAGGACUGGCAUUCAUUCUUGGAGCUGAAGGAGUCAAGGAGCAGAAUCAGAAGGAGAAAGAUGCCAUCUGCAUGAGCCUGGAUGGACUGAGGAAAGCAGCCCGGCUCAGCUGUGCUUUAGGGGUUGCUGCUAAUUGUGCAUCUGCCCUUGCUCAGAUGGCUGCUGCUUCAUGUGUCCAAGAGGAGAAAGAAGAAAGAGAGAUCCAAGAACCGAGUGAUACCAUCACUCAAGUGAAACAGAAAGUGGAACAAAAACUGGAGCAGAUGGGCAAAGUGCAAGGAGUCUGCCUGCAUACUGCUCACGUUUUGUGUAUGGAUGCCAUUCUCAGUGUGGGAUUGGAGAUGGGAAGCCACAAUCAAGACUGCUGGCCACACGUGUUUAGAGUGUGUGAAUACAUCAGUACUCUGGAACAUACUCAUUUCAGUGAUGGCACAUUUCAGCCUCCAGUCACUAUCACUCAAGCGCAACAGGCCACAGCAGGGCUUCACGGGGAAGCUCAGUUGACAGACUCUCCCCAGGAACUCUUGCGGGAGCAAGAAGCUGCUCUAAGCAACCACCCCAUCAUCCAGCCGGUCUCCAUUCAGGAGCUCAUCAAAGAAGGCAGCAAGGGAAGAGCAUUCGACUUCCGUGGAGGCAGCCUGCUGAGCGGAAGCAGUGCUGCCAAGGCUAUCCUUACUCUCUCUACACAGGCCGACAGGUUAUUUGAAGAUGCUGUUGAUAAGCUGAAUCUGAUGGCCUUGGGAGGUUUUCUGUAUCAACUGAAGAAAGCUUCCCAGUCUCAGCUUUUCCAUUCAGUCACAGACACUGUUGAUUACUCCUUGGCAAUGCCAGGAGUGGUAAAAUCUACCCAAGACAGGAAAAGUGCACUCCAUUUGUUCCGUCUAGGAGGUGCCAUGCUAAGAAUUGUAAGGAGUAAAUCCCGCCCUCUACUGCAUCUCAUGCGCUGUUGGAAUCUGGUGGCACCUCAUUUAGUAGAAGCUGCCUGUCAUAAAGAAAGGCAUGUAUCUCGGAAGGCCGUCUCUUUCAUACACGAUAUCCUAACUGAGGUUCUGACAGACUGGAAUGAGCCUCCUCAUUUCCACUUCAGUGAGGCCCUGUUCCGUCCCUUCGAGCGCAUCAUGCAGCUGGAACUCUGUGAUGAGGAUGUGCAGGACCAGGUGAUCACCUCAAUAGGAGAACUAGUGGAGGUCUGCUCAACUCGGAUCCAGUCUGGCUGGAGACCAUUGUUUAGCGCUCUAGAAACAGUGCACAGCAGCAGCAAAUCAGAAGUUAAAGAAUAUCUUGUGGGAGAGUAUUCCAUGGGAAAGUGCCAAGCUCCUGUGUUCGAUGUCUUUGAAGCAUUUCUAAAUACAGACAACAUACAGGUCUUUGCCAAUGCAGCCACCAGCUAUAUCAUGUGCCUUAUGAAGUUUGUCAAAGGAUUGGGGGAAGCAGACUGCAAGGAGAUUGGCGACUGUGUGCCAGGAUCAGGAUCCACAUCUACAGACUUGUGCCUUCCUGCUCUUGAUUACCUCAGGCGUUGUUCUCAGUUGCUUGCCAAAAUCUACAAAAUGCCCUUGAAGCCUAUUUUUCUCAGUGGGAGGCUUGCUAACUUACCUCAAAGAAUACAGGAGAGAUCCGCCAGCAGUGAGGAUGGCAUUGAGUGUGUACUGUCUGAUUUUGAGGAUGACACAGGCCUUAUUAAUGUUUGGAUCAUUCUGUUAGAAGAGUUGACAACUGCCAUAUCCAACUGCCCUCGUCAGCACCAACCUCCCACCUUGGAUUUGCUCUUUGAGUUGUUGAGGGAUGUUACCAAAACUCCAGGCCCUGGAUUUGGUAUUUAUGCAGUGGUACACCUUCUGCUCCCUACAAUGUCCCUUUGGCUCCACCGUAGCCAUGGUGAUCAUUCUUACUGGGAUGCAGCAUCUGCUAAUUUCAAGCAUGCUAUUGGCCUUUCAUGUGAACUAGUAGUGGAACACAUUCAAAGUUUUAUACAUUCAGAUAUUGGCUAUGAGAAUAUGAUCAAUGCAAUGCUGAAAGACCUCUUCAAGUUAUUGGUAGCUUGUGUGGCAGAACCCACAGAAUCUAUCUCACGAGUUGGGUGUUCGUGUAUCAGGUAUGUACUGGUGACAGCAGGACCUGUUUUUACAGAAGAAAUGUGGAGGCUGUCCUGCUGUGCGCUGCAGGAUGCGUUCUCAGCCACCCUUGAGCCGGUGAAGAACUUGUUGGGCUACUUCCACAGUGGUUCUGAAAACUUCAGUGGUGAUGCCUGUGAAGUGAAAGUGGCAGCCCCCUCCCUCUCCCCUAGUGCCGAAGCAGAGUAUUGGAGGAUACGAGCCAUGGCUCAGCAGGUGUUCAUGCUAGACACACAGUGUUCUCCAAAAACCCCAAACAACAAAGAAGGAUUUGAACAUGCACAGUCCUGCGUGCUUAUCAUUGAAUUGCCUCCUGAUAAGAAGCCUAAUGGCCAUACACAGAAAAGUAUUCCUUUCAGAACAAUAGUUGUGAGCCUGCUCUCCCACCAAGUCCUGCUACAGAAUUUAUAUGAUAUUUUGUUGGAAGAGUUUGUGAAGGGGCCUUCUCACUUGGAAGGGAAGACUGUGCAACAACUGCCAGAAACAAAAUUGGCUGGCUUCCUCAGAUAUAUUUCCAUGCAGAAUUUGGCUGUCAUCUUUGACUUAUUACUGGACUCCUAUCGGACAGCCAGAGAGUUUGAUACAAGAACUGGGUUGAAGUGCUUGCUAAAAAAGGUCUCUGGCAUUGGUGGAGCUGCCAACUUGUACCGCCAGUCAGCAAUGAGCUUCAACAUCUACUUCCAUGCCUUGAUCUGUGCUAUUGUGACUAACCAGGAAAACAUUACUGCAGAACAGGUGAAGAAGAUCCUCUUUGAGGACGACGAAAGAAGCACUGACUCAUCCCAGCAGUGCUCCUCAGAAGAUGAAGACAUUUUUGAAGAGACAGCUCAAGUCAGCCCACCCAGAGGGAAGGAAAAGAGACAGUGGAGGGCCAGGCUGCCAUCUCUGAGCGUUCAGCCUGUUAGCAACGCAGACUGGGCUUGGUUAAUCAAAAGGCUUCAUAAGCUGUGCAUGGAAUUAUGCAACAACUAUAUUCAGAUGCAUCUAGAUUUGGAAAGUAGUGCAGAUGAACUCCCUGUCUUCAGGGGAGAUUCUUUCUUCAUCCUUCCAUCUUUUCACUCUGAAUCCUCCACUCCAUCUACUGGAGGGCUGUCUGGGAAGGAUACUCCUUCUGAAGAUGACAAAAGUCAAAUUAGGGACUCUCUUACAGAAACUCCCAAAGGAGGAAGUGGAGAUAUGCUGCUUCUUCCACCCUUGAGUCCUAAAACAGAGAAGAAGGACCAAGGCAGGAAAAAGGAAUGGUGGGAGAGUGCUGGCAACAAAAUCUAUACCAUAGCCACAGACAAAACCAUAUCGAAACUCAUGACAGAAUAUAAGAAAAGGAAACAACAGCAUAGCCUGGCCACUUUCACCAAAGAGAUGAAAGCUGACAAGAAAGGGGAUCCACUAAGCACACGGGGCGCAGAUUCACCCCUCCCACAACGGCCACAGAAUUUGGUUGAUCAAGGCCAAAUGAGGCACUCCUUCAGUGCAGGGCCAGAAAUUUUGAGGCAAGAGAAGAGGCCACGCUCCGGGUCCACAGUCAGCUCUCUCAAUAUAUCUGUCCGGGACGGUGAGGCGCAAAUACAGGCAUGGACCAACAUGGUGCUGACUGUUCUUAAUCAGAUCCAGUCCCUACCAGACCAGAUCUUCACGGCCCUCCAGCCAGCAGUGUUCCCCUGCAUCAGCCAGUUGACAUGUCAUGUGACCGACCUUCGGGUUCGUCAGGCUGUGAGAGAAUGGCUAGGAAGAGUGGGCAGAGUUUAUGACAUAAUUGUAUAGUAUAGUUGUGAUAUUGUUUGCAUAACCAAGUAGAGAUUUGCGCUUCGAGGCAUACAAAUAAAGUACACCUAUUGAAAAUGUACCUUUUAACACCAGUAGA